CCGUCACGUAGAAGACGUGCGCCCGGGGUUCGACAACACGCGUGCUCAUUUUGUCAAGGGUCGCUUCCUGCGGGCUACUUAGAGAUCUGACAUCUAUAGGUUGGGAAAGGUCCCAUUCGUAGUGAAAUCUUAGAGGAGGAAGAAGAAGAUGUCGGAUUUUUCGUCGCUCGGGUUGUCGGACUGGUUAAUUCAGCAGUGCAAGCAGAUGGGUAUCAACAAACCCACUCCGGUUCAACAGAGCUGCGUGCCUGCGAUUUUGGAAGGCCGCGACUGUAUGGGUUGUGCGAAGACCGGGAGCGGUAAGACGGCCGCGUUUGUGCUGCCGGUGCUCCAGAAACUCUCGGAAGACCCCUAUGGCAUCUUCUGCCUGGUGCUCACUCCCACCCGAGAACUGGCCUAUCAGAUUGCUGAGCAGUUCAGGGUGUUGGGAAAACCACUUGGUUUGAGGGACUGUAUCGUCGUUGGAGGAAUGGACAUGGUAGCACAAGCGCUGGAGCUGUCCAAGAAGCCACACGUCGUCGUGGCGACUCCUGGGCGACUGGCCGAUCACAUCAGGAGUUCCAACACUUUCAGCAUGAACAAAAUCCGCUUCCUGAUUUUGGACGAAGCCGAUCGUCUCCUGGAACAGGGCUGCACCGAUUUUACCAAGGACCUGGAGGUGAUACUGGGGGCUGUUCCCGCCCAGAGACAGACCCUCCUGUUCAGCGCCACGCUGACUGACACGCUGCAGGAGCUCAAGACGAUUGCCAUGAACCGGCCUUUCUUCUGGGAAAGCAAGUCUGAGGUGCGGACAGUGGAGGAACUGGACCAGAGGUACAUUCUCACCCCUGAGAAGGUCAAAGACGCCUACCUGGUCCAUCUCAUUCAGAAGUUCCAGGAUGAUCACGAAGAUUGGUCCAUUAUGAUCUUCACCAGCACGUGCAAAAACUGUCAAAUCUUGAACAUGAUGCUCCGAGAAUUUAAAUUCCCCUCCGUCGCACUCCAUUCAAUGAUGAAACAGAAGCAAAGGUUUGCUAAUCUAGCGAAGUUCAAGUCCAGUGUCUUCAAGAUCCUAAUCGCAACUGAUGUAGCUUCCAGGGGUCUGGACAUCCCUACCGUCCAAGUGGUCAUCAAUCAUAACACACCGGGCCUUCCUAAGACUUACAUCCACCGAGUUGGGCGGACGGCCCGCGCAGGCAGGAACGGUGUUGCCAUUACACUGGUCACACAGUACGACAUUCACCUCGUCCACGCCAUCGAGGAGCAAAUCCAAACCAAGCUGAAGGAAUUUUCUGUGAAGGAGAGUGAAGUAUUGAAUAUCCUUACCCAGGUUAACGUCACAAGAAGGGAAUGUGAAAUUAAACUGGAGUCAACAGAUUUUGAUGAGAAGAAGGAAAUAAACAAAAGGAAACAGCUGAUUUUGGAAGGAAAGGACCCUGAUCUGGAAGCAAAAAGAAAAGCUGAACUGGAGAAGAUCAGGAAAGACAAGAAGUUGUUCAAGGCCAAAAUCCAGAAGAAGCAAGACAUGCUGAAGAAGAAAAAACACCAACAGAAGCAAGCAACAAAACAUACCUGAUGUUUUUUUACUAGAAUAGCUUUGUACACAGACCUCCGUUCAAAAGCAGUAGCACCUCCAGACCUCAAGGAGUGCAUGUAUGGACACUAUGAAAUUUCAUGCCAGACAUGAAGAUAGUGUGGGUAAUUGAAUGUGUGAAUCAGUUUUCUUGAAUUAACACAUGCAGACAUGUCAUUGUGCACACAAAACAAUCGACAGUCCCUGGAACCAGUUUUGCCUUAAAGCUUUGAUUAAGAUAAUAUAAUAGUCCUCUACCCAAAUUAAUAAUAUUUAUACUGCAUAAGUCUUUAUGAUCUUGUAAAAAUAAACUUUUGAAGAUCAGGGUUUUAAAAUGAGAUGUUAAGUUUCUUGUAUCACACUCAUAGGUUGCUAUAAAAAUGUGAACUGUUUCGAGAAGUAACUCCACUUGGUCCUAACUUUAACCCUAAAUAACACCUGCUGUAUACUUAACUGUUCUUGAGAACAAAAGUUAUAAAUCAGAAGAAGCCUUUUGUCAAAGAAAGCAAAUCAUGUUUACUACAGGCUUGUUGUAUACAGUUAGUAAAAAUAAAGAGCAGGUACAGUUUGUCAAA